AUGGUCGAGCUAUGUGUUCUGAUCCUGUAAUUGCUGGAUUACGUCUACCUCCCAAAGAUGCAUUUGUGAAAAGCUUAAAAAAAGAAAUCGUUGGAAAGAUGGUUUGUUGUAUUGCUGAUAAAAUACAUGAUUACGACAUUUCAGGUACAGUAAAAUUAAUCGCCGGAGAUGGCGACUAUAGAUCAGUAAUUAGUUUAGCUCUUAAGAGAAGUUGGAUUACUGAGAAUUGGUUUUGGUCAUAA